UGUGUCUCGUGACCGUUUUUCUGUUUAUUGGUCAUCGUUAUCGGGUGUUUAUCUGUGGUGGGACGUUCAGGGAGAUUUAACUGACACCCAGGAACUUUCAGCGGCAGACCUGCUCUCACACACCGAGGAGGCGACACAGAGGGACCGUUUGGCUAUGAGACAUCGGGAGCCAUGGCGGGACGGACCCGGUUAGCAGCCCUCUCCGUCGGUUUGUUGUUGUUGUUGUCGGCUCAGAGCGGCGGGAGACCGACGGAGAAAUGUCUCGGAGACAAGUCGUGUUCCAGCCCGAGACCCCCGGUCGUCCUCAUUCCGGGGGAUCUGGGAAACCAGCUGGAGGCGAAGCUGAAUAAACCCAGCGUGGUCCAUUACAUCUGCUACAAGAAGACCGACUCCUUCUUCACUCUGUGGCUCAACCUGGAGCUGCUGGUGCCCGUCGCCAUCGACUGCUGGAUCGACAACAUCCGGCUUAUCUACAACAAAACCACACGCACCUCCUCCGCCCCGCCUGGUGUGAGCAUCCGGGUCCCGGGCUUCGGCAAAACAUACGCACUGGAGUACCUGGACCCCAGCAAACGUAGCGUUGGCAUGUACUUCUUCAGCAUUGUGCAGGCGAUGGUGGAGUGGGGCUACACCAGAGACGAUGAUGUCAGAGGAGCUCCUUACGACUGGAGGAAAGCCCCAAAUGAGAAUAAAGAGUAUUUCCUGGCGCUGCAGCAGAUGAUCGAGGAGAUGGCGCAGAAGGCCGGGGGGCCCGUGGUGCUCAUCGCUCACAGCAUGGGCAACAUGUACACCCUGUACUUCCUCAACCAGCAGCCGCAAGCCUGGAAGGACAAAUACGUCAAAGCGUUCAUCUGUUUGGGAGCCCCGUGGGCCGGCGUGGCCAAAACGCUUCGAGUGGUUACGUCUGGAGAUAAUAACCGAAUCCCGGUGAUCAGCCCACUGAAGAUCCGCUCCCAGCAGCGUACCGCCAUCUCCACCAGCUGGCUCCUCCCCUACGCACACUCCUGGCCAAAAGAUAAGGUUUUAGUCCAGACCCCCACCACCAACUACACCCUGCAGGACUAUAAGCGUCUCUACAAGGACAUCGGUUUCAGCGAAGGCUGGCUGAUGCGUCAGGACACGGAGCCGCUGGUGUCCGACCUCACGGCGCCCGGCGUGACCGUCCACUGCCUGUACGGCACCGGCGUCCCAACACCCGAGGCCUUCCAGUACUCCGACAAGUUCCCCGACGUGGAACCGACGGUGUUGAACGGCGACGGGGACGGCACGGUGAACCUGCGGAGCGCCAUCCAGUGCAAACGGUGGUCGAAGCAGCAGAAGCAGCCCGUCUUCCUCAAAGAGCUGCCCGACAACGAGCACGUGGACAUGUUGACGAACUUCACCACCGUGGCCUACGUCAAAACCGUGCUGCUGGCGCCAUGAGAGAUUUCUCUGCACAGAGUGUCAAAUUUCUGUUUCUCCAAAUGCAGACUGCCAAAGAUUUGUUGUUUACACCUUUAAACUCGACAAAAUGUGUUUAAAAUAAAUCAGAAAAUAAAUAAAUUUAUACCUGUAACCCUAUAAUUUAUGGGAUAUUUACUGUUGAGCGAGAAUAAAUACUUUUCUACUGUUCUUAGAUUUUCAAAAAGUCUAGAUUUUACUUUCUUAGGCCUUCUAUAAAAUUAAAAAAGUCUGUUAAGAACCAGAGAUAUGCUGUUUGUGCCAUUUUAGCUCAUUAAUCCGAGUUAAAUGUUCAUUAAUGUGAGCGUUUUGAUUGUAACAGAAAAUAUCUAAACCUAUUUCAUAAUCUGUUGGCUGAUUUAGGAAAUUAUGUAAAAAAAAAAAUACUAACAAACCCGGUUUAUUCUUUAUUUUUGUCUGAUUUCUGAUGUUUGUUGAUUUCUAUUUAAAUGUUUUUCACGCAGCCAAGUUGGGAGUCUCUGAAUGUUGGUUUUGUGGCAUGAGUUGCAAAGAGAACAAACUCGUUUACUUUUUCAGAAGUUAUAAACUGCUUAUUUCUGUUUAAUCUCUAAAAGGUGGAGACUGAUCUGUUACCGCUGUAAGCCAUAGGAAGUUGUUAAAAAAAGUUUUUAAAAAAAAUAAAAAAAACAUUUUUUGGUCCUUCGGGCCAGCUGGAAUCUAUUUUGAAACAACUUUUUUUAAUUUUUGGUGAAUUUUCUCUGGUUUAUUUUGAGUCGUGUGCCUCUUUUGACACUGAUCUUCUGGACGUUUUCUUUUCUGUUCGGACACAAAAUCCCGAGUCCUGGGGCCCAGAACAGUUCUGAGCCGAGUCGCUGUACCCUGCCAUGCAAAGCCCUCACUGGGCCCGAGACGACGAACUGAAGUUUCACAUCUGCUGUGAAAUGUGUCAAACUAUUCUGCCUUCUACAGAGUAAACUGUUUCAAAAAUCA